AUGCCGCCGAACAAUAAGAAAAAGAAGAAGCCCGCGUCUAACCCGGCUCGUGGCUUUGCAACGGUCUCCGUCCCCUCGAAGCCCAAGCCGGAGAGCACUCCAGAUACCCCAUCUUCAAAUACCGGAGCCUCGAAAUCAACGCCGCAAAAUGAAUCGCAACCGAAGCCGUCUCAGGAACGCCCCGCAGAUGCACCUGUAUCCGAGGCUGGUCCCUUAUUACAGAACUACUCCCCGGAAGAGCUAGAGAAACAUUUGGAAGAGGCCGAGCUACAGAUAUGGGUCGAUAAGAACGCUGCAAGAUGUAAAACAGAUGCAUCUCGCCAAGCCACCAAACUGGAGACCGAGAGGCGGGUCCUUCGACAGCAAUCGGUGUCACUAAGCCUCCUCGAGUGGCUUCCGACCGAGGUGCAGGAACGAAUUCUAGAGUUGGCAGAGAAUGAAGAACAUGACUACCUCGUUGCGGGCGCAUGGAAUGCCAGCUCAAAACAAAUGUUCUCUGAGGAAGAGCUAUAUACAAAGCUUUGGGUGUUAAAGGAAACUUUGCUCAAGCUUGGGUUCUCUGCAGAGCGUACGGAAGAGGCACUGAAACAUGUCCUCUUAUACUUUGCAGGUAAUCCAGGCAGCACCAACCGAGAGGCCGUUUGGAAUCUGGACGAAGCGCUGGAAUGGCUGGCCAUGCACAGCGACAAGAAGGACCUUCCCCCCUACACCCAGACGAACUCCCGGCCCCAGAAAGACACGGAUAGUGUCACCUCCUGGAUGAUUGACUCUAAGCCAUCUCGGUCCUCGACUCCAAACAAGCCCCAAAAUGGAAGCACCCAGGGCAACCCGAAAGCAGAUUGGAAAGCCGCAAAAGUUCCGCCUCCUCUUUCCUAUGACUCAGACAGCUCGAUUGACCCGGACACAAUGGUGCCGGAAUGGCUAAGCCUACAGACAAAGCUAUAUGGCUUGCAACCGGACCUGUUUGACCGGCCAGGGAAAGGCAAGAAAGGUCGUGGACUUCCCGCCGAUCAGUCAGAUGACCCCGAGGUGCUUAAGCUGCAACGCAAGGUUGCCAAAAUUGAACGAGACGUUCUUUUUGAGCGCCAGGAAGCUGAAUACAUUUGGAAAGAGAAGCUCGAUGAGCUUCGCAAAGACGCAACAUUUUUACGUCGACCCGUUGAGCGAAAGAAACAAGCUCCACCUUCAGACGAUGUGUCAAAAGCGCCACCAGACGACAUCUCUGGUGCAGACGAGCCACCAAUAGAUGAUCUGGGUGACACUACGGGACUGCUUGGCGAUAUGUUUCUCGCAGAGCCUGACGAUGGAUCAAUACUCGGCUUGCCUCCUCCUGUUGUUGAAGCUAAAGUAACACUUAGAGAUUUUGGCAAAUGGGCGGGGUUGAGCCCACGGCGGGUUCUAGAAGAGACUUGCAAAGCAAGAGACACGGCUUCUAAGGUUGUGUUUCAGGACUUUUCGUCCUCAGGCCACCAGAACAGAAAGGCCGUCGAAGUUCGCUGGUCGAAGGCACAAGAAACUCCAUUCCCAUUGACAGUUGAUGCGGUCACCCACAAAUCAAAUGCUUUGGCAACAUUUGUUUCAAUGGACGCGCUUGCAACUCCAAAUGAACAGCAGGCCGAGGGAUAUGUCUCGACACUCGCCCUUUUCAUCCUGUUCCCUCAGAACUCGAAGGAAGGAAAAGCCUAUCUGCGACUUCCUGCAGUAUGGCGAGAGCUUUGGACCGAGUUCUCCAGUCUCAAAAAGACACAGGAAGAUGAGAUUGACAAAGCCACAGUGAAGGACCUCAAACGUUUGGUGCAAGAAAACCAAGGAAGCUUUGAGGAUGAUGUUGUUCUCUCCGAUAAUUUCCGAAAAAGAAAUGGAGCUGCCAGUAAACCUGGCAGUCCAUUGAAAGGCCCUUACCGGGAUAACUACUUCGGCCAGGAGGCUCAGUUACAACAAGCAUGGGAGGCGAAAUCCUCAACUCCAUCCUUCCAUCGUAUGAUGCAGGGCCGCAUGAACCUCCCAAUCUGGAACUUCAAAGAUGAAAUUUUGAACACUUUGGAUACACACCGCGCCCUUAUCAUCUGCAGUGAGACAGGAAGUGGAAAGAGUACGCAGAUUCCAUCUUAUAUUCUUGAACAUGAGAUGCUUCACGGCCGACCUUGCAAAGUCUAUGUGACUGAGCCUCGUCGAAUCUCCGCGAUCUCUCUGGCCCGACGUGUGAGUGAAGAGCUAGGAGAAAGCAAGAACGAUGUUGGAACCACACGAUCUCUCGUCGGCUUUGCUGUGAGACUGGAAAGUAAAGUCAGCUCUUCUACCCGGCUAGUAUACGCGACUACUGGUGUGGUCGUGCGAAUGCUUGAGCGACCAGAUGACUUCCAGGAUAUCACUCAUGUUGUACUGGAUGAGGUUCACGAACGUACCAUUGACAGUGACUUCCUCCUGAUUGUCUUACGCAGACUCAUGCAGAAGCGUCCGGAUCUCAAACUAAUCUUAAUGUCUGCGACGCUUGAAGCUCAGCGAUUUUCCAAUUACCUCGGUGGUGUUCCGGUAUUGAACAUUCCAGGUCGGACAUUCCCUGUGGAAAUGAAGUACCUCGAGGAUGCAGUGGAGAUGACAAAUUAUCGUCUAUCUGAAGAUGAAUCGUACACUUCUCUUGAUGAUGACCCAGACGAAAUUUCAGACACUACAGGUGAUAAUGCGGGUGGUCUUCAAGCCAGUCUUGACGGUUACUCUAAACAGACCAAAGAGACAAUUCUUAAAUUCGAUGAAUAUCGCAUGGAUUACCAGCUGAUUAAAAAGCUCCUCCUCAAGAUUGCUACUGCGCCCGAGUUGGAGCACUACAGCAGAGCAAUCUUGGUCUUCAUGCCCGGCCUAGCAGAGAUUCGCCGCCUGAAUGACGAGAUUCUAUCCGAACCAUCCUUCCAAAAGGGCUGGAUUGUGCACGCACUUCACUCUUCAAUUGCCAGCGAAGACCAAGAAAAGGCUUUCGUAGUACCCCCAGACGGUAUGAGGAAGAUUGUCAUUGCCACCAAUAUCGCAGAAACAGGUAUCACAAUUCCAGACAUCACUGCUGUGGUCGACACUGGCAAAGAGAAGAUGAUGCGGUUCGACGAGAGACGUCAACUCUCCCGGCUCAUUGAGUCGUUUAUCUCACGAGCCAAUGCCAAACAAAGGCGUGGUCGAGCUGGCCGUGUCCAGAAUGGUAUUUGCUUCCAUUUAUUUACGAGACAUCGCCAUGAGAAACUGCUAGCAGAACAGCAAACUCCGGAAAUGCUUCGACUUUCCCUUCAAGACCUUGUCUUACGAGUCAAAAUUUGCAAGUUGGGGGAAGUAGAACAGACUCUUCUUGAAGCUCUUGAUCCACCUUCAUCUAAGAAUAUUCGUCGGGCUAUCGACUCCCUCAAGGAAGUCAAGGCCCUUACAAAUAACGAGAGCAUGACACCAUUGGGAUCGCAGCUGGCCAAGUUACCAUUAGAUGUCUUCCUUGGCAAACUGAUCAUUCAUGGAGCCUUUUUCAAAUGUCUGGAUGCGGCUGUCAGUAUCGCUGCGCUUUUAUCUUCCAAAUCUCCCUUUGUCAAUACAAUGGGAUCGAACUCUCAGCGAGACGCAGCCCGAAAAUCCUUUCAAAGAGGGGACUCGGAUCUUUUAACCGUCUAUAACGCGUACUGUUGCUGGAAACGAGCUAGGAGCACUCCAGGAACUAGCGAAUAUGCGUUCUGCCGAAAGAACUUCCUUAGCCUGCAGACAUUGCUCAGCAUUGAAGACAUCAAGAUGCAGCUCAUUGUAUCUAUCGCCGAUGCAGGGCUUAUUACUCUCGAUGCAUCUCAGAAGGCUGCACUAAAUAGAGCUCGCUCCAGCAACCGCAAUCGUCAGCUUUUUACGAUUCCAGAAGAACAUGACCUCAAUAGUACCAAUGAUGUUGUCGUUAAUUCUGUUGUUGCCUGGAGUUUCUACCCGAAGCUUCUUACUCGCGAGGGUAAGGGCUGGCGCAAUGUCGCGAACAACCAAUCCGUCACGCUACAUCCAACAUCGAUCAAUAAGCAAGCAGACUGGGCAAUCAAAUGGCUCUCAUAUUACCAUAUCAUGCAGGCACGAAAUCGCAAUCUUAAUGCGCAUGAGACUAGUUCAGUGGACGAUUUUGCAAUUGCUUUACUGUGCGGAGAAGCUGAAUUUAAACUUUACUCCGGUGUAAUCACCAUCGAUUCAAACAGAAUUCGCUUCGCAACUCAUAGUUGGAAAUCCAUGCUCGCACUGAAGAUUCUCAAUUCGCGCCUUCGCGAAAUACUUGCAUCGACAUUCCGCAACCCGCACAAACCUUUGUCGUACAAACAGCAGCAGUGGCUGGAGAUCUGGCAGCAGAUUUUCACACAAGCUGGGAAGCGGUGA